AAGCCUUGGCCUUCCUCACAGUAUUCCACCACUCACUUCUACUUGGCUAACCAUCCAAUAAUUUAGGUGUGUUUGAGCUAAUAUGGCAAUGGCUCUAGCAUCAAAGGCCCUUCUCCUUGUCCUCAACCUUCUAUUCUUCACUUUGGUAAGCGCUAACUAUGGCCCUUGCUCACCACCAGAACCUAAGAACAAAAAACAUCACAAGCACUGCCCAAGGAAUGCCCUAAAGUUGGGUGUAUGCGCUAGCGUGUUGGGUGGUUUGGGGCAAGUUGUUGUUGGAGGUCCACCAAAGACCCCUUGCUGCAGUAUCCUCGACGGUUUGAUUGAUCUGGAAGCCGCUGUUUGCCUUUGCACUGCCAUUAAAGCAAAUAUCCUCGGCUUUAACCUCAACUUUCCCGUUUCAUUGAGCUUGGUUCUCGAUUAUUGUGGAAAGAAAGCUCCUUCUGGCUUCGACUGCUCUUAAAUCACCUCUAUCUGUCAUCAAUCAAUUUAUUUCAAGUUAUUUUUCACUUUACAAUAUUCUACUUUUCAUGAUGUUUGGCCUACAUCUUCUUUAUUGUUACAUUUCCAUUAACGUUCAUUAAUAAAAUUU